AUGAAAAAUGCAAUCGAAAAAGUUAGAGGAAAUCUAUCAGGACAUAGAAUGACCAUCAAAGAUGUAGUUGCAGAUGUCCUCAAAAAAUCAGACCCUGAAUUCGGUGAUGAUGAAGAUUUGAAUAUUCUAGUCACAUUGCUAAAGAAGCAAUCCUCUCAAAGAUCGUAACUGGACAUUGAUAAAAUCAGAUUGUCAUUCUUCAGAUUCAAGUUCUUCUAGGAGUUAGAAUAAUAAAUGGGUGCUGAGAUGGUCUCAGGAUUAUACAAAUAAUUGAGUUACGAAGUACAGCAUAGGAGAUAAACCGUUUUCAAUAUAGGGGAUUUGGGAAAAAAGUUUUACAUCAUUCUAAAAGGAAGUGUUUGGGUGUUGGUUUAGAAGAAGGGUUUGUAGGAUGGCUCAGGUCCUACUGAAGAGGAUUAAAAAUAAGAAUAAGAUUUAAAGGAUGAAAAAAACAAAGAAAUGAUGGAAAAUGCAAAGAAGAACAAGAAGAUGAAAAAUAAAAAAAAUAAGCCCUAAGCAUUCAUCACUCAAGUAACUCUCAAUGACAUCUUUGCUACCAUGACUGAUAAGGAAUUCUUAGACACUCAGUUUCCAACUUUGUAGAAGGUAGGCUAGAUAAAUUCUGGCGAAAGUUUUGGGGAAAUAGCCUUGACUAAAUAGGUGCCAAGAUAAGCAACUAUUGUGGCAGCUGAGGAUACACAUUUUGCAACAGUGACAAGGGAUCAGUUUAAUAGAUUAUUGUCUGCUUUUUAUGAGGCUUAAUAAAAAGUGAAUAUUGGGUUUCUUAGCAAAGUUGCUAUAUUUUCAGAUUGGAAUGAUCAAAUGCUGAAUUAACUGUACUAUCACUUCAAGUAGGAGGAGAGGAAGCUAUUUUAAAUAAUCUAUAAGGAAAAUGAAGAGGCCAAUAAUAUAUACUUAUUGAAAUCUGGAGAGGUGGAACUAUGCAAAUUUGUAAAUUUGACCUAAUCGGUGUAGAAUAAUUCCAUUAUCAAUAAGUUCUUUACGAGAAAUGAGCAAAAAUUGGAGAAGGUAAGAACCUCGAUUAUUACACCUGGACAAAUCUUUGGACACGAGGAAGUCUUAGCUGGAAUUAAACGGGAGUAUAGAGCCAUCAGUAUAAGUCAGAAGGUAUAAUACUUUGUAUUGGAUAAACAACGAUUCUUAUAAUAUUUCCAAAAGGGAGCAGCAAUUUAAAAACUGUAACAUUUCGAUCAAAAUAAAAUUACUCAAAGAAAAUAAUCUCUGGACAUCAUUAAAUAAAUCAAGAAAAUUCCUCAGUCUAUAGAAUUUAGGGAAGUUCCAUUUAUUGAGCAAUCACAAAAUUAAUAAAUUCUCAAGAAUUCCUUUGAGAGAAUUGGAAAUCCAGUCGAACCCACAGGGUAUGAGAUGUUGUAAGGUCAUGGACAUAUCAAUAAAGCACAUUACAAUUUUCGAAGGAAUAUUAAUGUGAUUUAUUCAAAUCUAAAAGAUACAGAACCCUUGUCUCUGGAGAAGGCAUUCUUUCAGAUUGAAGCCAGCAAAGGUUCCUCGAUUAGUAUAAUCAAUAGGAUUUUUCCAGCGGCUGCAAGACCAAAAUAUGUUAUUCCUGAUAGUUCAAUUUCAUCUAAAACAAUAAUAAAGUGUCUCAAAUUACCUAAGAUUUUGACCGAAGUUGACAAGGUAAUGUUGAAUCACAAAAACCAAGAGUAUUUGGACAGUUUCAAGGCGCAAUCUAUAAGAGGGGAAUCAUUAAAAACGAUAAUUUGA